AUGGCGGGUAAGGAGGAUUCACCGGCAGGGAUUACCACUCCUGGGCAUUAUAGAAGCUCGGUGUGGAAGUAUUUUGGAUUUCCAUCAGAAAAGGGAAAAAUUACAAACAGAGAGACAGUAAUAUGCAGACUGUGCAAGGCUCAAAUGAAGUAUCAUACUACGAUGAAUAACAUGCGGGCACACCUGGUGACACUACACCCUGGCAAGCUAGCCGAGCUAACUUCGGAGGCUGAUGCACCACAGCCAAAGCAGGCACGAAUCACCUCAUUCCUGCCUGCCUCAUCAUCACGGGGCUUAUCAGCUGAACGCCAAAGCAGGAUAACAGAUAAACUGACACGAUUUAUCUGCAAAGAUAUGAGGCCGAUAAACAUCUCGCAGGGGUCUGGGUUUAAAGAUUUUGUCCACGAGCUAGAGCCAAGGUACGCUGUUCCUUGCCGUGCAACCAUCAGUGACAGAGUUGUGAAACUUUAUGAUACAACAAAAGAUGACAUCAGGAAAAUGAUACGCGGAAAAAACCUUGCCCUGACCACAGAUGGGUGGACCUCAAUAGCCACCGAGGCAUAUGUGACAGUCACCGCACAUUUUAUAAAUGAGGACUGGGAACUGAAGGAUAUUAUUCUUAAAACAGCCGAAGCUCAGAAAACCCACACUGCUGAAAACGUUGCAGAGUGCAUCACCAACAUACUCGGAGAGUAUAACGUGAGUCGCCAGUCAGUGCUCUCCAUCACCACAGACAACGCGGCUAAUUAUGUUAACGCCGUCGAGAGGCACCUGCAGGUAGCCAAUGUCCCAUGCAUGGCCCACACUAUAAACUUAGCUGUGAGAAAAGGGCUGACAGUGCGAGCUAUCGAAAAUCCUAUCAGCAGACUCAAGGCCACAGCGCUGCAUUUCAACAAGUCAACUACUGACAGCUACCUCCUGGAAUCUAAACAGAAGCUGCUCGGAGUGAAACCUGCGAAGCUGAUCAAUGACUGCGCUACCCGGUGGAACAGCACUUAUGAUAUGGUGUGUCGGGCAGCCGAACAACAAGCUCCGGUGGCAGCGGUCAUUAUGGAGAAAAAACUCGGUCAUCUUGAGUUGAGCACCAACGAGUGGACCCUUAUGGAGCAGGUGAGAGCAGUGCUAAAGCCUUUCAAAGUGGCCACUGAGGCGUUAUCAACUGAUCGAUUCCCAACCGCAUCAGCCGUUCUCCCCCUUAAGUAUGUGCUUAUGUCACAUCUUCAGCCAUCUACCGGCGAUCUGCAAGCACUCAAUGACAUGAAAACAAAGAUCUCCGCCGACCUCGAGAAGCGCUAUAGUCCUAUCAAAGAUGCCUUCAUGCUGCUCAAUACUGCUAGCUACCUCGACCCGCGUUUCCAUCGGCUGAUUCAUUUGGCCCGAGACCAACAGCAGGAGGUACGUGAUAAAGUACACAGAGAGAUGAGUUCGAUUGCGGAGGAUGAAGAACAUGUGGAGGAUGAAGAGGGAGCAGGCACAGCUACGGAGACACAGCACUCAGAGAAAACCGCUCUCAGUGCUAUGGGGUCCCUUUUUGGGGAUGUUUAUCGCCAAAAUGCUGGCCCAGUUGGUACUUUGGAUAUUGGAGCUGUGCUACUGCAAGAAAUGCAGAUGUACGAGACUGAGACCCCAUUACCCACCGACAGCAACCCAUUGAGGUGGUGGAAGAUGUCAAGAGCCAAGUACCCCCACCUCGCCCAGCUGGCACGGCGCUACUUGAGCAUCCCCGGCACCUCAGUUAGAGCAGAAAGGGUUUUUUCCACGGCUGGGAUGAUAGUAAAUAAAAAACGCUCUGCACUAGACCCUGGAAAUGUGGAUCGCCUGGUGUUUUUGGCUAACAAUCUUUAG